CGCAGCCGCACGGGGCGGGAGACAGGGAGGGUGGGUGUGCUGGGGAGCGCGCGCCGCCGCCGCCGCCGCCGCCGCCGCCUCAGCCUGCUGCUCCGCCUGCGCCGCCUGCUCCCGGCGCUCGGCCCCAGCACGCCGGCUCCCGAGUGGCCAUGGGCGGCGCGGGGUCCGCGGUGUAGAGUCCGCCGACCCCGGACCCGCGUCCCGCACCGUGACGGUCCCGAGCCAUGGGGGUGUUGAUGUCCAAGCGGCAGACAGUGGAGCAGGUGCAGAAGGUGAGCUUGGCUGUGUCUGCCUUCAAGGAUGGGCUACGGGACAGGCCUUCCAUCCGACGCACCGGUGAGCUUCCAGGGUCCCGCCGUGGCACCGUAGAGGGCUCUGUCCAGGAGGUACAGGAGGAGAAAGAAGCAGAGGCAAGCACUCCAGUGCUCCAAGAAGAGAGCAGUGUCAACCGUGCAGCCUGGGAGAGGCUCCGAGAUGGGCGUGGAGUGGAGCCUGAGGAGUUUGACAGGACUAAUCGUUUCACGCCCCCUGCGUUCAUCCGCCCUACCCGGAAGCUGGAUGAUGACAAGCCUCCUGAUAUCUGCUUGGAGCCCAGAGAACAUGUUGUCAAUGAUGAGAUGUGUGAUGUCUGUGAGGUCUGGACAGCUGAGAGCCUCUUCCCAUGCAGGAUCUGCACCAGGGUUUUCCAUGAUGGCUGCCUGCGCCGCAUGGGCUACAUCCAAGGAGAUAGUGCAGCGGAGGUGACCGAGACAGCCCACACAGAAACCGGCUGGAGCUGCCACUACUGUGACAACCUCAACUUGCUGCUAACUGAGGAGGAAAUGUACAGCCUCACAGAGACCUUUCAGCAGUGUAAAGUCAUUCCUGAUUGCUCCCUGACACUGGAGGACUUCCUGCGCUACCGCCACCAAGCAGCAAAGCGGGGGGACAGUGACAGGGCUCUAAGCGAGGAGCAAGAGGAGCAGGCAGCCCGCCAGUUUGCAGCCCUGGACCCUGAACAUCGAGGACACAUAGAGUGGCCUGACUUCUUGUCCCAUGAGUCCCUCCUGCUUCUGCAGCAAUUGCGUCCCCAGAACUCUCUGUUAAGGCUUCUGACAGUCAAGGAGCGGGAGCGAGCCCGGGCCAUCUUCCUGGCACGGGGCAGUGGGAACACUAUCAGUGAGGCAGAGUGCCGCGGAGCCCAGCAUUCUUGGUUCUGCAAACGCCUUGCAGAGGCUCCAUCCUGCAGUGUCAGUAUCAGCCAUGUGGGUCCCAUAGCAGAUAGUAGCCCAACCAGCAGCAGCAGCAAGAGUCAGGACAAGGCUCUGCUGCCAACAGAACAGGAGUCCAGAUUUGUGGAUUGGCCUACCUUCCUGCAGGAAAAUGUUGUCUACAUCUUGGCCGCUCGCCCCAACAGUGCAGCAAUUCAUCUGAAACCCCCAGGAUAGCAUGGAGCAGAGAAGCUGGGGGACAGUGAUGUUCUCUCCCUCCUUUCCUUUUGCCCUUUCCCCCUUCCCCCCACCAUCCUCUGCCUGAGACUUACGGGGAUGGAGCACUGCCAGCAUCUCAAUUUGCCACUAAGCUUUAUGGAACUGAAAUCACUCUUCCCCUCUCAACAGAGGCAGUAAAUGCAUUGCCACCAGGAAAAGCCCUGGGAGCUGUGGCAGUAUCCGCUCCUGGACCCACCCCCCUACCCUCACAUCACAGACUGGACCUGCCACUGCACACAUAUGUGCAUACACACACAUAUACCCAUGCCUAGCUGUCCAUGCCUUCAGAGACCUGGUUCUUCUUCAUUGAAAAAGGAUCAAAAUUC